GGCAGCAUGGACAUCCGCAAUGACGUCUCCCAGCUCCAGAAGCUGGAGAACUGCUCCAUCAUCGAGGGCAACCUGCAGAUCCUGCUGAUGUUCACCACGGGCGCCGAGGACUUCCGGGGGCUCAGCUUCCCUCGCCUGCUCAUGAUCACCGAGUACCUGCUCCUCUUCCGCGUCUACGGGCUCGAGAGCCUGCGGGACCUCUUCCCCAACCUCUCCGUCAUCCGCGGCACCAACCUCUUCUUCAGCUACGCCCUGGUCAUCUUCGAGAUGCCGCACCUGCGGGACGUGGGGCUGCACAGCCUGGGCCACAUCCUGCGCGGCUCCGUCCGCAUCGAGCGCAACCAGGAGCUUUGCCACCUCUCCACCAUCGACUGGGGGCUGCUGCUGCCCGACACCGGGGACAGCACCUACAUCGUCGGCAACAAGCUGGCCGAGGAGUGCGCCGACGUCUGCCCGGGCAUCCUGGACGUGGAGAAGCCGUGUGUGCAGACCAGCGUCAACGGGCAGCUGGAUUAUCGCUGCUGGACCUCCAGCUACUGCCAGAAAGUGUGCCCGUGUGGCGCGGGCUCGGCGUGCACGGCGGCGGGCGAGUGCUGCCACGCCGAGUGCCUGGGGGGCUGCGGACGCCCCCGCGACAGCCGGGCCUGCGUCGCCUGCCGCCACUUCCACUUCAACGGGCACUGCCUGCCCUCGUGCCCGCCCCGCACCUACGAGUACGAGGGCUGGCGCUGCGUCACCGCCGAGUACUGCGCCAGCCUCCGCAAGGUCUCCCACAACCCCCGCGACGCCUCCAAGUUCGUCAUCCACCAGCGGCAGUGCCUCUCCGAGUGUCCCUCGGGAUACACCAGGAAUGAGAGCAGCAUCUUCUGCCACAAGUGCGAGGGUCUGUGUCCCAAGGAGUGCAAGGUGGGCACCAAGACCAUCGACUCGACGCGGGCGGCACAGGAGCUGGUGGGCUGCACCCUCAUCGAGGGGAACCUCAUCCUCAACAUCCGCCGGGGCUAUAACCUGGCCUCGGAGCUGCAGAGCAGUCUGGGGCUCAUCGAGACCAUCACGGGCUUCCUGAAGAUCAAGCACUCCUUCGCCCUCGUCUCCUUGUCCUUCUUCAAGAACCUCAAGCUGAUCCGUGGUGACUCCAUGGUGGACGGGAAUUACACCUUGUACGUCCUGGACAACCAAAACCUGCAGCAGCUCUGGGACUGGAGCCACCACAUCCUCUCCAUCCCCGUGGGCAAGAUGUACUUUGCCUUCAACCCCAAGCUGUGCCUGGCCGAGAUUUACCGCAUGGAGGAGGUGACGGGCACCAAGGGGCGGCAGAACAAGGCCGAGAUCAACCCCCGCACCAACGGGGACCGGGCGUCCUGUAAGACCCAGACCCUACGCUUCAUCUCCAACGUCACCGAGUCCGACCGCAUCUUCCUCAAGUGGGAGCGGUACCGGCCCCCCGAGUACCGGGACCUCCUCAGCUUCAUCGUCUACUACAAGGAGUCACCCUUCCAGAACGUGUCAGAGUACGUGGGGCAGGAUGCCUGUGGGGCCCAGAGCUGGAACGUGCUGGACGUGGAUCUGCCACUCAGCAGUGACCAGGAACCAGGGGUGGCCCUGCUUAACCUCCGCCCCUGGACCCAAUAUGCCAUCUUCGUCCGUGCCAUCACCCUCACCACCGCCGAGGAGGGACGCAACUACGGGGCACAGAGCGAGGUGGUCUACAUCCGCACCAUGCCGGCGGCCCCGACGGUGCCCCGGGAUGUCAUCUCCAUGUCCAACUCCUCCUCCCACAUCGUGGUGCGCUGGAAGCCGCCCACGCAGCGCAACGGCAACAUCACCUACUACCUGGUGCUGUGGCAGCAGCUGGCCGAGGACAUGGAGCUCUACAUCAACGACUACUGCCACAAAGGUGAGGGCAGGCAGGGCAGGCAGGGCUGCCAGGCAAGGGCAGCGCACACAGGUCGGGUACAGCAGCCAAGGACACCAGUGGAACAGGGAUUUUCCCCCCGAGCCGGGCGGUGCUGCCCCUGCCGCCCCGCCGACGGGCAGCUCCGCAUGGAGGGCGAGGCCGAGUCCUUCCAGAAGAAGUUUGAGAACUUCCUCCACAACUCCAUCACCAUCCCCAGGACCCCCAAGCAGCGCAGGGACGUGGUGGCCGUCACCUCCCCGGCCAACGCCUCCUGGGCGGAGCCGCCGGCCCCGAGCCGUGCCAGAGGGGAGCCCAAGCCCCGCUUCCAGAUCUUCGAGGACAAGGUGGUUCGUGACCGGGCGGUGCUGUCGCGGCUGCGCCACUUCACCGAGUACCGCAUCGACAUCCACGCCUGCAACCACGCCGCGCACACCGUGGGCUGCAGCGCCGCCACCUUCGUCUUCGCCAGGACCAUGCCCGAGCUGCAAGCUGACAACAUUCCUGGGAACGUCACGUGGGAGCCGGCGGGCAAGAACAGCGUCCUGCUGCGCUGGGAGGAGCCCAGGAACCCCAACGGGCUCAUCCUCAAGUAUGAGAUUAAGUACAGCCGGGAGAGUGAGGAGGUCACCACCGUCGUCUGCGUCUCCCGCCACCGCUACUCCAAGUACGGGGGGGUCCACCUGGCCCUGCUCCAGCCAGGGAACUACUCGGCCAAGGUCAGGGCCACCUCCCUGGCCGGCAACGGCUCCUGGACAGGGCUCGUCAAGUUUUACAUCCUGGGGCCAGCCGAGGAGGAGUCCGGCAGCUUCUACGUCCUGCUCACUGUCACGCCCGUGGUGCUCAUGGUGCUCAUCUCCUGCCUGGCCGUCUUCGUCUUCUUCUACAACAAGAAGAGGAACAACGACGGGUACCCCAGUGGGACCCUCUACGCCUCCGUCAACCCCGAGUACUUCAGUGCCUCAGACAUGUACAUGCCUGAUGAGUGGGAGGUGUCACGGGAGAAGAUCACAGUGAUCCGGGAGCUGGGACAGGGAUCCUUUGGGAUGGUGUAUGAGGGGCUGGCACUGGGGCUGGUCACGGAGGGAGAGGAGACCAAGGUGGCCCUGAAGACAGUCAACGAGUUGGCCACCAUGCGGGAGCGCAUCGAGUUCCUCAACGAGGCCUCUGUCAUGAAAGCCUUCAAGUGCCACCACGUGGUCCGUCUGCUCGGCGUCGUGUCCCAGGGCCAGCCAGCUCUGGUCAUCAUGGAGCUGAUGACACGCGGGGACCUGAAGAGCUACCUGCGUUCUCUCAGGCCCGAGGCCGAGAACAACCCCGGGCUGCCGCCACCAUCGCUCAAGGACAUGAUCCAGAUGGCGGGGGAGAUCGCCGACGGCAUGGCCUACCUCAACGCCAACAAGUUCGUGCACCGGGACCUGGCUGCCCGCAACUGCAUGGUGUCCGAGGACUUCACUGUCAAGAUUGGAGAUUUUGGCAUGACCCGGGACAUCUACGAGACGGAUUAUUACCGGAAAGGGGGCAAGGGGCUGCUCCCCGUGCGCUGGAUGUCCCCGGAGGCGCUCAAGGACGGCAUCUUCAACACGCAGUCUGACGUCUGGUCCUUCGGGGUGGUGCUGUGGGAGAUCGCCACGCUGGCCGAGCAGCCCUACCAGGGCAUGUCCAACGAGCAGGUCCUGCGCUUCGUCAUGGACAACGGUGUCCUGGAGAGGCCCGAAAACUGUCCUGACAAACUCCACGAGCUGAUGUGCCUGUGCUGGCAGCAGAACCCGCGCCAGCGCCCCUCCUUCAUCCAGCUCCUGGAGCGCAUCAAGGACCACAUGGCGCCCGCUUUCCGCACCCUCUCCUUCUUCUACAGCCCCGAGAACGGCCACCACGGCUCAGAAGAACCCUCUGACGCCGAGACAGAUCCGUCCGCCGGGGAGGACGAGCCCCCCACAUCCCCCCUGCCCACACGCAAGGACCACAGCCCCGGCCAGCUCCCCAACGGGAUGGCCUGACUCUGAGCCCGGGGUGUGCUCGGACCCCCGCUGCACUCUGCACCCCCCACCCUCC